UUCUAAGGAAAUUGAUUUUUUUUUCAAAUUUAAGGAGUUUGAAAUUUUUAAAAAUUUGUUAAAUAUGACGAUAAUAAUUUUUCUUGUUGAUACGAGUGCUUCAAUGUUGCAAAGAACAUAUUUGGGGACUACAUACUUAGAUUAUGCAAGACUAGCAAUAGAACAAUUUCUUAAGCAAAGACAACGGGAUCCAGCAUCAAGCGGGGACAGAUACAUGUUGAUGACGUUUGAAGAUUAUCCACAAAAUAUCAAGUCGGGAUGGAAAGAAAGCCAACGGAUAUUCAACGAACAAUUAAAAAAUCUUAAAGCAAAAGGGUCGUUAAAAUUUGAGUCUUGUCUCGACUCUGUCCUAAGGCUUUUACUUGUUAGUCGAAUGCAGAGCGGUUCUGGCGCGUCAAUCGAAGCCUUUGGGUUUGGGAGGUAUCCAAGCUAUGCAGAACAUGUGGUUAUCAUUCCAGUGAUUGAUGGCUCUUCUUUGCCGUUGCCUGAUUCUGAAGUCUGA